AUGACAAAAUUUUUUCAAUUUAUUCUAACGAUAUAUUCUUCUAUUGUUGUUAUCUAUGCUUAUACUGAUCCAUCUGAAUUAAAUCCACAAUUAGUUAAAAGAUUUGAAUAUAAAUUAUCAUUUAAAGGACCUCAUCUUGCUUUUAAAGAUGGGACUGUUCCAUUUUGGACAUUUGGUGGAAGUGCUAUUGCUAGUGAUGAACAAGUACGUGUAACGCCAUCAAUUCGAAGUCAAAAAGGUUGGAUUUGGAGUAAGAAUACAAUGACUGCAGAUAAUUGGCUUCUCGACGUUAAACUACGUGUAACUGGCCGAGGUCGUGUUGGUGCUGAUGGAAUGGCUAUUUGGUUUACAGAGAAAGCAGGUGUUGAAGGUCCUGUAUUUGGCUCAAAUGAUUUGUGGAAAGGUGUAGGCGUAUUUCUUGAUUCAUUCGACAAUGAUGCGUUACAAAAUAAUCCAAUAAUUGCUGUUAUGGUUAAUGAUGGUACUAAAACAUAUGAUCAUCAACAUGAUGGUAGUGGACAAAUUCAAGGAAGCUGUAUUCGAGAUUUUCGUAAUAAACCAUUUCCAAUUCGAUUGAAAAUUGAAUAUGUCAAUCAAGGAUUAACAAUUUAUCUUAAUAAUGGUAUAACACAAGAUGAUAAUGCAUUUGAAUAUUGUACACGUAUUGAUGGAGUACAAUUACCAAAAACUGGAUAUCUUGGUGUAACAGCUGCAACAGGUGGCCUUGCUGAUGAUCACGAUGUAUUAGAAUUUAUGACAACGACUUAUUCUGAUAAACAAGCAUUAGCUCAAAAUCAAGCAGCCACAGAUGAACAAGCAAAAAAAUAUAAAGAAGAAUAUGAAAAAUAUGAACAAGAACUUAAAAAACAACAAGAAGACUAUAAAAAAGAACAUCCAGAUAUGACAACACCAUAUAAUGAAAAAAAUUUAUACGAAAGUGAAUAUGAUCGUGAAUUUCGUACUAUCUUAGAAGGACAAGAUCAAAUUCGUUCAUCAUUAACAAGUAUUGAUAAAAAAAUGCUUGAACUAUUGGGACGUGUUGAACGAUUAGCUAUAACUACUGGCACACAACAACAAAUUGUUGGACAAGGUGGUUCAGGUGUACCUGCUGAUGUUGCACGGAUUCAAGAUGUGAAUCGAGUGAUAAAUUCUAAUACUGAUAUGGCAAGAACUAUUCAAAGUUAUGCACAAGUACUAACGGAUUUACAACAAAAAGUCAAUAAUAUUCAAACAAGUAUUAAUAAUCAAAGACCUAUUGGUACAGGACAACAAGUAGUUACUCCAAAUAUAGAUGGAACUGUAGUAAAUGAAAUUCGAGAACUAGUUAGAAUGAUUAAAUCGGAAACGAAUACAUUAUUACACAAAUCAUCAACUCAAGUUACAUGUCCAACAGUAACUGGUGGAAAUAAUAGUUCUUGUGUGGGUACAUUUACAUUUAUAGGUGCUAUUAUAAUACAAAUUGUUGUUCUAGUCGGUUCCGAAGCAAAUUCUGCUUCAAAAGAACAACAAGAAAUUGAUGAGAAAAAAAUUAAGCAACAAAAAUAUCAAGAAUUAGAAAAACUUGAAUUUCGUCCAUUAUAUUUAGAUGCACAAGCAACAACACCGAUGGAUCCACGUGUACUCGAUCAAAUGUUGCCUUAUAUGACACAUUUAUAUGGCAAUCCACAUUCAAGAACACAUGCAUUUGGAUGGGAAAGUGAAAAGGCUAUUGAAACUGCACGAGAAAAAGUUGCUAAAUUAAUAAAUGCUGAUCCAAAAGAAGUCGUCUUUACAAGUGGAGCAACGGAAUCGAAUAAUAUUGCUGUUAAAGGUGUUGCUCGUUUUUAUAAAGAAAAAAAGAAACAUGUUGUUACAACACAAACUGAGCAUAAAUGUGUACUUGAUUCAAUGAGAGUAUUAGAAAGUGAAGGUUUUAAAGUAACUUAUCUUCCUGUAAAAAAGAAUGGACUUAUUGAUUUAAAAGAACUUGAAACAGUUCUUACACCAGAUACCAGUUUAUGUUCAGUUAUGAUGGUAAAUAAUGAAAUUGGUGUUCGUCAACCAAUAAAAGAGAUUGGUAAAUUAUGUCGAUCAAAAAAAGUAUUCUUUCACACAGAUGCAGCACAAUCUGUCGGAAAAAUACCAAUUGAUGUUAAUGAAAUGAAUGUUGAUCUUUUAUCAAUAAGUGGUCAUAAAAUUUAUGGACCAAAAGGUGUUGGUGCACUUUAUAUUCGUCGACGACCACGUGUACGUCUUGAUCCAAUUCAAACUGGUGGUGGACAAGAACGAAAUAUUCGUAGUGGUACUGUUCCUACUCCUCUUGUAGUUGGUCUUGGUGCUGCUUGUCAAGUAUCACAACAAGAACUUGUUAAUGAUGAAAAACGAAUUGCGCAAUUAUCGAAAAGAUUAAUUGAUGGAAUUACUCAACGAUGUACAAAUGUUAUUCUUAAUGGUGAUCCGGAAUCGCGUUAUCCUGGUUGUGUUAAUUUAUCAUUUGCUUAUAUUGAAGGUGAAUCAUUAUUAAUGGCACUUAAAGAUAUAGCAUUAUCAUCUGGAAGUGCAUGUACAUCUGCAUCACUUGAACCCUCUUAUGUACUUCGUGCAAUUGGUGCUGAUGAUGAUUUAGCACAUUCCUCAAUUCGAUUUGGUAUUGGUCGUUUUACCACGGAAGCUGAAGUUGAUUAUACAAUUGAAAAGACUGUUGAACAUGUUAAACGACUUCGUGAAAUGAGUCCACUAUGGGAAAUGGUUCAAGAAGGAAUAGAUUUGAAAAGUAUUAAAUGGUCACAACAUUGA